AUGGGCGUGGGAGUGACCUACGAGCACGGAAGAGUGGGCGGAGCCAAGGUGGGCGUGGAACUAAAGUGUGGCCAUUUCACACGUACUGAUUGCUGGGACUCAAACUACCACUUCGUCCAGACAGCGUAUGGAGACCCCGUUCAUGGACGUGAAGACCAUGUCGAUUCCCCGACACAGGUCCUGCUAGGUGGUACUUUAGAUCAAGUCAUCGCAGAUCUUGGUCAAGAUAAAGUUCGUCAUUCUUCAGUAAGCACGGUUGGUGCUACAGGUGACUUUGCUGUUCUGCUAAUUUCGUUUCAGCUGAAGAGGGAAAUGCCCCCCCCCCUCUCCCUCCGCCACUACCGGAUUUCCUCAAACACUGGCGUGAUGUGGGGCUACUUUUCUGAACUAACCAGCCUACACCUUCCACACCACGUAAUGCUACACCGAGAACAAGAACGAGAACUCUCUAAUCAGAUGCUGGCUGAGGUACCCAAGUCACGCUCCAAUCACCAUCUCAGAACCUUUACCGCCCGGGUAUGCAAGGUUAUGGAAGAAGUUCGUAGCUUGCAACAACAGGUGACACUACAGGAGGUCCUUGCGGAAGACCCCUUUUACGGUGAGUUGGCCGCUCAGCUCCCUGUGACGCUGGACCCCAAUGGCAGUGACCAGUACCUGUUCUUCAUCGUGCCGAUCCAGAAGAGCGAUGACAUGAACGUGGUCGUGCAAGUGGCGCAGGUUCAAGAGGGGUCGUACCUUCGCAACGACUCGAGGGCUGUCAUAACCGCGGAAGCAGAGAACGGCGACGUCAAUGUGUCUUCGAUCGUCAGUCCUGACUUGUCCCUGGACGACGUGUUUCGCACUGGAGAGGAGGACAUCCAGCCAGAGUUCAACUUCCAGGUCCCGGUGGUCGUCCCGCUGAACUUCCCUUUCCGGUACGACCCCGGGGAUGGGUCGCCACCGCUGCCCAACUGCGCCGUCGACUCGCGCACUUGGAUGGAAAAUAUCAUCUCCAAAAUCGCGACCACAAUGGAUCUGGACUAUACUCCAGAGUGGGACCAUAGCGACCUUACCUUGAGGAUUCGUCUGCUGAAGGACACCUUGGCAGCGACGUCGGUGCAGGACCUCUCCACCUCCGCCCUCCUUGCAACGUUCCUGGAGAAGGUCAUGAUCUGCAACGCUUUAGCGGGCACUAGGACAUCGGCCAUCUUGCAGAAUAUUGACAGCCUCACGGCUAACUACGGAGGUAUUGUGUCAGAGGCUGUCGACACCUAUCGUCUCCUGCAGCAGUCCCUGGCGAUAGCUAGCACUGCUGUACAAUCACUUCCCCAUGAUGCUGCUGUAGAUAUCGCUGAUGCACAGAUAAACAUUGUGAGCCCUUCGGUAAACACAAUACUGACCCAGCUUGAGGCCGCUUACGAACUGGUGAGAGAGCUGCAGAGCAAAGAAGAGGAGUGAAUGAAUCAUUAAUAAUCAUUCCCUCAUUGGUUUUGUUUGGACUUGUUUUACCUUUUUCAUUCAGUUAACGUAAUUGCAUCUUCUGUUAACAACCGCAUAUGAGGAUAUAUAUAUUUUUUUUUUUGGUAGAAAAUGCUAUCAGGAUUAUGAAUUGGUCAGUAUUUGCAUGGGAGAUUAUUACAAUUGAAAGAUUCUUAGUGUUCAGUAAAUAUAUGGUAAGAAGUGUUUUUACCUUUCGACAUUGUGUUACGUUUCGAUCACUUUUUCGACAUCAUGGUACCCCAAAUUAUAACUUCUAAUAAGGG